AUGAUUUUACAUUACACCACACUUUCUCUGAGCCUAUUUACUAUAGUCUUCGCCAUACCAUCCCCGGCACCGAACCCAACCCCUAGCAUUCAAGUGGCCGAAUCCGACGACCUAUCAAUUUUCAACGCCAAGCCAUGUUUUAUUUUGGGAUCAGGCAAAGUUCCAUUCAAACCAAAUCUUGAAGUAGCUUGCAUGGACGAUGGGAUAAGGAUGAUCCCUCCCAUACCAGAGUUAUCAUACAAGGGCAUCAAAUACUCGGCCGUACAUUAUCGACCAAACAUUGUCACAACCCCAGUGAUGUCUGCUUUUGAGAUCUUUACUAUUGACAGUCAAAAAAGAGUUCCCGAGCAAAUCACUUUCUUGACCAACGCUCGAGAGCUGUAUAUCGCCAUGGACAUUGCGAUAAGGAGCCUAGGGAACACAUUACCACAUGCAGGAGGUCACACGCGGAACUGCAGAGCGGUAGUCAAAGUUCUUGACUUCCAGAUUGCAAGGCUGGAAGCGCGGAUCCCGGCGAUUGAAAAGGCCCUAGAAACCAUGUUGAAAUAUUGCGCCAAUUGCAGUGUGAAAGAACGAUUUGAUAUUAUCAUGCUAGCUAGUCAAAGCGGGAUCAUUGUCGACCGAUUUCUGGAUGGUCUUGAUAAGAUCGGAUGCCUCACAAAAGCGCAAUGUGAUGAAGAGAAGAAACAGCUCCAGAGUGUCAAAAAGCCGGCCGCACGUUAA